ACUUAUUGACGAAGCUAUGCUGUUCUUUGUCCAUCCAUCGCCUCCUCAGCCAGAUCAACCAGAUUUUGCCGCAUCAGCGUUCGUUUUCACCUAGGCUACACUACGAAUCACUGUGCAACAGCCUAUAUUGCUUCCGGAGACCAGAAUAACUCCAUUUGUCUAUAAAGGCCAUCCUCACAUCCGCAGAGAUCAUUAUGGUCAUCGUGGAGGAGAAGUGCAUGCAGUCUGUUCCACCCCCUCCUUACGUCCCUAAUAGCACUAUACCCCCACCCCCCUUCCCUGAUGAACAUCAUGGAACAGCCAAACCAUCUGAUGUACCUCCCCACCUGUUGUUGAAGAUCGUCUACAUGACAUUUCCACAAACACCCGGGAUUGACGAGGGAAAGAUUGAACGACAGAGAAAGACACUUUGUUGGCUCUCCACACAACUCCGGCUGGUCAAUCGUUCAUUUUACAUUGCUUGUGAGCAUGUGCUGCGCUCCACAUAUUUACCCGCAUACGAUUCAAUGAUACGCCCUCCCUAUUCAUCUGAUCCAUUCCCAUUUUCUUCCUCGGCUUCUACUUCGUCUGUUGAUACCCUGCAGCGGGAAACCAAAGUUCUCGACCUCUUCAUUGCACUCAAGGUCCAUGAAGAUGUCAUGCUCGAUGACUCAUCGCUUCACCUCGAGCGAGAGGAUUCGUUCAAAGACCUUUUCGACCUCAUGCAGCCGCGCAGCCGGCUAGAGGACCUCGUUCGACACUAUGGUAUCCGCGAGGGAGUUGUGCAUACAAACCCGUCUGGAGCGAACAUCCCGUCUUCACCGUCUACUAUUUUCAGGGCGAAUAACAGUGGAACUGGAUUCGCAAGCACAAGCAAACAUACAUCAGACCCUGCACCAGUGCCAUUCAGUGCGCUGUCUAUUUCGUUCUCACCGAGGCGGGUUGGCCUCGUGCUAACAGCUUCAGGUAGGAAACGGACGAUUGUGGAUGUGGCACGGACGAGAGACGAGAAGCUAGAGGUCACCGCAAAGAAACUUGCGCGGCAGCUGAAGGUUUGGCUCAGCGAUGCUUCAUGAUCUGGUAGUAUCAUUUAGUUCUGGACUCCAUCCACUCAUUAUCGUAAUACGGUGCUAGAUAGACCUGCAGAUGUAUGACGGUGUACAAGUGUAAUCUACCAUAGAUCGUGUACAAUUAGUAUCGCGGUACUAGGGCAAACAGGGUAUGAUAUGGGUUGAAAAAUUUUGAAAUGGACGAAGGUUACCGGUUGAGUAGG